ACUAGAAGAAAAGGAACCCAGUAAAUAUAACAAGAUGGCGGAAAGUGGAGACAUCAACGAUGUUUCAGCCGCAGAGCCUUCUAGAUUAUUUGACUUAUUAGAUGGUGGAUGGAAGACGUUGGAUGAGUUAGAGGUAACCAACGAGCCGCUGGGCUCCACCAGUAUCCAGCUCCGAGUCAGACGCGCCAUCACAAUGUUGGAAGAAGCGUCUAGCAUGGCGGCUCAGCUCGACCUGUUCAGCCGCAACGAGGAGCUGGAGGAGGUGGCCACGGCCGACCUGAAGUACCUGCUGCUGCCCGCACUGCUAGGAGCUCUGACUCUGAAGCAGACUAAAAGAGACAAACGGCUAGAGAUAGUCCAAACAGCUCGGGCCUACUUUAUGGAUUUCUUGAAAAGAUGUAAAGAGUAUAGCGUGUCACAGUUUGAGCUGCCAGAUGUGUCGAAUGAAAACACACCGGAGAACGGACACGCUCCAGCCAGGUCCAUUCCCUGCCCGCCAGACCUGGUUUCCAUGGCAGCACAGAGACAAGCUAAGAUUGAGCGAUACCGACAUAAGAAGGCGCUGGAAGCCCGGCUGUCUGAAGUACGGAGAGCUGUGGAUGGUGGACAGGCCGACGAUGAAGUCAGCCGAGAUUUCUACCUUCUAAAUGUCCAGAGAUGGGUCACUGUUUGUCUGGAGGAAAUAGAGAGCAUUGACCAGGAGGUGGAGAUACUCAAGAAGAUGGAUGGUCUUAAGCACAGCGCCACCAAGCAGCCAGCUCAGCAGAUGAGGCCUCCCAUGCAACCCUUCAUUCUUACCAAGGACGCUGUACAGGCUCAAGUAUUUGGGGCUGGUUACCCGAGCCUCCCCAUCAUGACGGUAGAUGACUGGUAUGAACAGCGUCGGCAACAAGGAGUUUUGCCUGACCCGGGGGUCCCCAGGAGGGUGGCUGUGGAAGAGGACACUGAUGCCAAGGAGAGGGAAGACAAAGAUAAGGAGAAAAAGGCUGAAAAUGAUGAUGAGGAUAGUCUGCUGAAAGCCAGAAACUGGGAUGACUGGAAAGACACUCAUCGCAGAGGUUAUGGAAACCGCCAUAAUAUGGGCUAACUGUGUCCAAACAGACUUGGCAUUGUCCUCAUUUCUAUUCUAAUCCGUAAAGGAAACGGACAUUCCUUAAGACUGUUGUUAUGAGAAUGUCACCACAUCAAGAAACACAACAGGAUUGCCAAACAAACUUGUUGAGACUACAGCUGACUAACUGAUUUAACAUUUCCAGGGUCGGAUUCAACAAUCAUCUGUGGUGUCAUGUUAUCAGUGCGUCUUAAAAAUCUACAAUUUUUGGCUUGAUACAAUGGAGCCCAGCCAUUAUGCCAAUGUGUCUGCUUUGUGGUGUGUAUUCAUUGAAUGCUGUCAUUGGAAAAUAAAGAGACUGUACAAACCA